AUGGAAGACGCUCCGGAACGCACAUCGCGAGAGUCAAACCCCUCUGACCCUGGGCCUGAACCAGAUUACUUUCAACUGAAUCCCUCGCAGCCCUCACCGCAGGUGCCACAAAUGGCUCCCCCCAACCACGUUUGGUCGAGUUUGCUGGACGCAGCAAAUGAGCCAAGAACAUCCCAAAGUAUGCCGACAAAACUUGCUGAUUUUCGUCAACCAUUUCCUUUGCCUUCCUUGCUUCGACCACCAAGCUCUAUCGCUCAUGUAUCACCAAACAAGGCUGCCCGUGAGCCUAGUGUUCCUGAUGCGGACAAAUAUACGCCACUUCAUCCGUCUUUGCUUAUUGAACUUAUGCACAAUCAUCCCAUUCUAGAUCACCCUGCUCCCGAGCACUUGCUCGUACUGGAUAUCCGGCCCACAUCAGCGUUUUCGCGCUCGCACCUUCGAGGCAGUGUCAAUGUGUGUGCACCGACAACGCUGCUUCGUCGCUCAGAAUUCACAGUUGAGCGUUUGGAAGAUCAAAUUUUUGAUGACGACACAGAUCGUUCCGAGUUUCGCCGUUGGAUGUCCUACACAAGGCGCGAGCCUACGCAGACAUCUGGACCAUCUUCCCCGUCCUCUUUGCCGGCCAAAUCAACCAGCUGGAUCGUUGUGCUUGAUACCGAUUCGACUAAGCCAACGUCCUUGGGCCGUUCAAGUGCAGGUGGCGGUGGACCUUCACUCAUGGGUCUUUUACGCAAAUUCGAUGCUGCUAGCUAUGGCGGCAUGUUAUGCUGGCUUCGUGGUGGCUUCCAAUCGCUUGCUGCCCUGCCAGAAGCGGUGUCACUCUUGGAGCAUUCACCAGUAGCCACCCAGCCGCGUGCGGCCUCACAUAACCUCCCGCGUGUCCGCGGCUUGUCGUUAGAAGCAUUUUGCCGCAAGACUACGUCCAACUCAAAUGGCGGCUCAGGCGAAGAAAUUCAGGCGACGAACCCCUUUUUUGAUAAUAUCCGACAAAAUUUGGAGCUUUCCUGCGGCAUCACUGAUAUCGUGCCGCUGGAUAUGCACUUCAGCGAUCUGCAGCUCUCGCGUCUACCCAAAUUCUUGUGUGACCUGGCAGCAAUGGAUCCAUCGAAACGUGCUCACCACUUGGCUGAGCAGUUCUUCGUUGUUGAAAAGUGCGAGCAACAACGCCUGCAAAGUGUGAUGCAGCGUCACUCGCAGGAGUCCUCGCUUUCUCUAUCCAACCCAGCAGGCACUAUGAAUACGCGUGCGCCGCCACCAUUAGCGUCAGUGCAUGUAUCGAGUCGGGCAGCCUUCCCACGACUGCCGUCCGCGCAGGAUUCGGCCACGGACAGUUUUCCCUUGAGCAUUACCGCAGCUCUUGAGCGUGGACAUGACCACCGUUAUCGGAACUUUUGGCCAUUCGAGCACAGCCGCGUCAAGUUCAAGUCACCAGCAAGUCGUGCAGAGUAUAUUAACGCUUCAUAUGUCAACCCACUCCGUGCAUGGGGUGCACACCGUGUGUAUGUUGCGACGCAGGCGCCAUUGCCAACAACUUUCUGCGCAUUUUGGGCAGUCGUCUGGGAACAAAAGGUUCCAGCGAUCAUUAUGCUUGCUCGCGAAUUUGAGUCUGGCCGGCUACAAUGUGAUAAUUACUGGGACACUCCUCAUGCGGGACCUUUUGAUGUGCGCGUCGUGCAGAAAUGCGUCCUUACCUCUGCGGACCUUGGACAUGUAGGCGAAUAUGGUUUGCAUGUGCUAGUUCGUCGAACCAUUGAGGUACGACACAAGGAUCUUGCAGACGAGCCUGUACACAGCGUGCAGCAUUACCAGUUCCUAGCGUGGCCGGAUCAUAGUGUGCCAGAGACGCCUGAUCUCUUGCUCGACAUGAUCCGCCUUGUGCACGCUGAAACAGAUACUGCAUCAGAUGCACCAAUAGUCGUGCACUGCUCGGCUGGCAUUGGACGCACAGGUGCGCAUAUCCUUAUCGACUCAGUAAGCACGUUUCUAUCGCGUGUGCAUCGCGUUCUUGAAACAGGUCAAGAUGAUGCUGACGGUUUGUCACUUGCGCAAGCACGCGAGUACUGGAACUCUUCGAAUGAUCUUGUGUAUGAGGCGCUCAUGGUGAUGCGUGAACAGCGCAUGAGUAUGGUUGAAACGGUACGGCAGUAUGUGUUUGUGUACAAGGCGGUGAUUGCAUCUCUCCUGACAUAG